ACCGACAACAACCAGCGUGAUGACGUACGAACCGAAGACAGCCCCGUUCGAUCCUCGUUUUCCCAACCAGAACCAGACCAAGUACUGCUACCAGAGCUAUCUGGAUUUCCAUCGCUGCGAAAAGGUAAAGGGCGAGGGUGAUCAGGUAUGCAAGUACUUCAAAGGCGUCUUCUCGUCGAUGUGCCCGAACUCGUGGGUUGAGAAAUGGGACACCCAGCGUGAGGAGGGCACCUUCGCCGGUCGCAUCUAA